AUGGACCUGGAAGCACAGAGGGGGAGCCCUGUGGCGGCCGUGGAGCUGGAACCGCCAGGCGAUCCGUGUCGCGCUGUGUCUGCCGAUGCCUCCGCUACGCCUGCCCAUCUUCCUGCUCCGGCCCGCUACGCUGGGCCCAGAUGGCAGCGGCACGCCCUCCGAGAGAUGGCGCCCCACGCGCCAGUGGUCCACGGGCUGCGCGAGGGGACGCUCGUGCGCGUCAGCGCCGGCGCCGAGGGGGGCGAGCGCGAGGAGUUGGAGGGCAUCGGACAGCUCGGCAGGUACUUCCCGGACAGGCACGCUUUCCAGGUGACGCUGCUGGACGGGGCGCGCGCCGAGGUCCCCGCCGGGCACCUCUCCCGGGCCUCCGGCCUCGGGAGGCCCGGCGAGGGCGGCGUGGGCGCCUGCUUCGACCUGCUGUGGGGGCCCGCCGCCCGGGAGGCUCGGGCCGGACGAAAGGGGAGGUGUCGCACACCCUCUUCGAGAAGGGUUUCUGCGUUCUCAAGCUGCUGCAGGGCCCACAGGACGCUGCCGCCACCCUUGCGCUGGCAGAGGGCCUGCGGGAGGACGGGAAGCUGGUCAGGCUGCCCGAGGAGGUGGAGGAGCACUACCUGGGCAGCGGCAACAGGGGAACGGUGCUCUGGCUGGACAGGCGUCUGA